CAUCCCAGGUGGGGAUACAACUGCCCUUGUGUUCUGACAGGAUGGAUUCUAGUGGGAAACCCUCCACAGCCCAAGUCCUGCUAUUAACCACCAGCUCAGCACUGACUGCAGUCUUCUACUCUGUGUACAGGAGGAGGACAACAACAGUAGCAAGAUUAAAGGUAAUCACAUUAUAGGCUUGUCUCAUCUAUCUUUCUUAUCUACCUUAUCUCAUUAAAUCUGUUAGGAGUGUGUUUAGUGGUUAGGCUAAUCAUUGGCAAGUGACACAUCUUGAGGGGAGUUUAAAGACAUGCUCCGGAACGUUGGCGUCUAGUAAGUAUUUUUCAAACCUCUUGCUUUGGGCUGUAUUUGUCAAUGUGUAGUUCGUACAGUACAUGCAUAAUCUAUGAGCAGAAUUACUGUGUUACCUCAAUUAGCCACGAAAUCCCUAGUUUGAAAGCGACAGUUUACUGGAAGCUGCGCGGCGCCAUUUUCCCCCACGUGGGCCAGCCCCUUAUCAAUUGGAAUUCCAGCCAAUGAGCUUUAGCCCCUCGCCAUUUGAGUGACAGCUAGCAAGAUGCACACACGGCAGAGCGAGAGAGUGAGCAAUGACGUGAUGCACAUAGCUGCACAUAUGUGACGUAGUACGCAAUUUUUGGGGACCACUUUUGGCUCGUGAGCACUACUUUCUUAACUACUGGCUAAAAAGUAUACAAAGGUAUCAGAGAAUCUCUUUAAAUACAGUAGCACUGCACCUGGAAAUCCAAUGUGAUGUUAUCAAUAGUUCAGACAUUUGCGUUUUACCAGGAAGGGAUUUCACUUAAUCACAAUGAUCAUUUGAAGUUUUUGAUUGUUGUUCAAUACGCUUUAUGUUUUACAGGGAGCCAAGAAAGUGUCUAUUGAUCAGGAUCUGAAGAACAUCCUGACAGAAGCACCAGGAAAAUGUGUCCCGUACGCUGUGAUCGAAGGUGUUGUGAGAUCUGUGAAAGAAACCCUGAACAGCCAGUUUGUGGACAACUGCAAAGGGGUCAUCGAGAGGUUAACUCUAAAGGAGAAGAAGAUGGUGUGGAAUCGCACCACUCAUCUCUGGUAGGUGCUAAAGUACAUUGAAGUGCUAUGAUGUAUUCGUGCACGCUUUCUUACUGAUGGCUGUUAGGAGGCUCAGUUUGUGUGGAUGUAUUGUUUGUGUGUGAAGACACUCACACACUGACGAUGGCCUAACAGUUAACUUUUGUUCCUCUUGUGUUACCUUUAGAAUGAAUAAAUAAACAUAAAAUCAUUUCACUUUUUUUUAUUUAUUUUUAUGACGAUAAUAACGUUAUGCUCUACAGUGCAUAUUUUUGUGGAUACACAUCUCUGUAGAUAUCUCUAAUAUUUUGUACCUGUCAGGAACGAGAGUGAAAAGGUCAUCCACCAGCGCACCAACACGGUGCCCUUUGACCUGGCAUCCCACGACAUGGCCAUGGCCGCCACCAUCCGGGUCAUCCGUCCCCUGGACUCCUCGGAGCUAGACCUGGAGACCACAUACGAGAACUUUCACCCCACCGUCCAGUCCCUGACCAAUGUCAUCGGCCACUUCAUCAGCGGGGAGCGCCCUAAAGGUAUGGUCCUUUUGUGUGGUCCUGUGUUGCUCAGUUAAGCCCAGGGCUAAGGUCAACACUGCUUUAGUAGAGCGUUGUGGGUUACAUUCCCGCUGGGACCACCCAUACUAAAAUGCAUUCAUGCAUGUAAGUCUUUAAGUCACUUUAGAUAAAAGCUAAAUGGCAUGUUGUUGUUGUUUUUGUUAUUAUUAUAGGUAUCCACGAGACUGAGGAGAUGCUGCGUCUGGGGGAGAGUGUGACCGGGGUCGGGGAGCUGGUGCUGGACAACAACCUGGUGAAGCUCCAGCCUCCCAAGCAGGGCCUGAGGUACUUCCUCAGCCGACUGAACUAUGACUCCCUGGUGGAGAAGCAACAGAGCAGCGUCAGAGUCUGGAGGGUCCUGACCGCGGUGUUUGGUGUGGUAGCUUCUACGACGCUCCUCUUCAUCCUGUGGAAGAAGUGGGUUUACCACAGACAGAGGAGGAAGGAGAAGAACGUCCUGGAGGAGUUCAAGGAGCAUCAGAGGAAGAGGAUGAGGAAGCUGAAUGUAGAGGAGGCUAGUGUUUCCCCUAGUGCCUGUACGGUGUGUCUGAGCCGGGAGCGUUGUUGUGUGUUCCUGGAGUGUGGGCAUGUCUGUGCCUGUGACCAAUGCUACCAGGCUCUUCCAGAGCCAAAGAAGUGCCCUAUCUGCAGGGCAACGAUAGAGAGGGUAGUACCGCUUUAUAACAGCUAA